UGUUACUAAAACGUUAACAUUGACAUUGAAAUUCCAGAAUCGGCAUAAAGGGCAGGAAAAUAGAGGCGCGGAUGAUGCAGAAGAAGAGAAAUUUCAGGAAGAGGACUUUCGAAGAAGAUGAGCAUAGCAAAGCAUCAGACGACGACGAACAAGAAAGAAGAUUGGCAUUAGAAGAGGUGAAAUUCCUGCAGAAACAGAGGGAGAGGAAGUCAGGAAUCCCUGCAUUAGCAACAACUUCGCAAACUGCAACUACAGUAGCUGCCAAAUUAACCGAAAAGGCCGAUGGAGAUGGCGAAAAAGAAGAGCUUGUUCUUCAAGACACUUUUGCUCAAGAAACUGCUGUCAUGGUCGAAGAUCCCAACAUGUUGCAGUAUGUUGAGCAAGAAUUGGCCAAGAAAAGAGGGAAGAAUAUUGAUGCAACUGAUCAAGUUGAGACGGAGUUGAAGCGUGCUGAAGAUGAAUUAUACAAAAUUCCGGAGCAUCUUAAAGUGAAAAAGCGAAACUCAGAAGAAAGCUCUACUCAGUGGACUACUGGGAUUGCGGAGGUUCAGCUACCCAUUGAAUACAAACUGAGAAAUAUUGAGGAAACAGAGGCAGCCAAAAAGCUUCUACAGGAGAAAAGGCUAAUGGGUAGACCAAAAUCAGAAUUUAGCAUCCCUUCCAGUUACAGUGCUGAUUAUUUCCAACGCGGCAGGGAUUAUGCUGAGAAACUUCGACGAGAUCAUCCUGAGCUGUACAAGGACAGGAGUAUGCAGGAUGAUGCUGUUGCUGGAUCCAAACCAGCUGAUAACAGCACUGAUGCAGCUGGACGGAGGCAAGCUGCAACGGAUGAGUUCAUGCUAGAGCGCUUCCGAAAACGAGAACGUCAUCGGGUCAUGCGUAGAUAGCAUGCACUUCAAACAUGCGACAUUCUGAGAAAAGUAAUUUGGCAAGGAUGGCUCAUUUUUUGUUGUAACCUUUGCUGCUUCAAAAUGUUUUCUUAGCAACAUAAGAUGGCAUGGUAACUGCAACCACUCAUGAUUCAACUUGCCUGUAUGGUCAUGCAGCAAGACAGGGAUUGGGUAAUUAGAUUGGAAAUGUCACCAAUCCCUCGUUUUGCAAAUAACUUGCAGCUCGUGCAAAUCAUGGUUGUCAAUUGACAAAUUGAGGCCGACGGUACUUUACAUCUAUAAGGUAUGGGUAGAAGGUUGUGGCAGAAUGGGGCUUAGCUGUAGUUUUAAUUUAAUGUUCUAGCGUGUUCGGUUUAAGCAACCUAUAUCGUAUGAAGGCUUUGGUUUUUCUUUUCAUCUGUGAAACUAUUUCAGCUGUUUUAAAAAUAAGAAAGUGUAGAACCGUGUUUGUUCA